AAAAUUAAUUCAAUCCUUUUAAUUUUAUAAUAAUUCGGCGAAGGGAAAUUUCCUUAAAUUGUGAGUAUGUUUAAUGGGGGCGAAUAUUCUUGUUUGCGUGGGAUCAAUCAUCAAUCGCCGAUUUUUUCCAAGAGCCAAUGAAAUCAACUCACACGUGGCGGAGUGCGAUUGGUCCAUAUCAGUAGACAGCAAAAGUGGGUGGGGAAGACGGAAGUGAAUAAAUCCCUUUCUGCAAUUCCAUCUCUAUUUAAAAAUCGUUGCUUGAAGGAAUACUGAAGCAGCUACCUCUCUCUCUCUCCUCUCUCUACCCUUGCCCUUAUCAUUCGCAGAUAAGUAUGGACAGAAGGGUACUAUUGCUUCUAGUCGCGCUCAGCAGCUGCUGGUGUUGUAAUGCUAGAGACCUGACAGUCCUGCAGUCGAAUGACAAGGGAGAAGCUCUAUAUGUGCAAGAAGUUGCCAAGAAUGAAGAUUUCUGUGCAUUGUGUGAAGAGUUUGCUUCUGAGGCUCUUAGUUACCUUACACUAAAUAAAACCCAAGCAGAUAUCAUUACCAUUCUUCACAAAUCCUGCUCUAAGAUACCUUCCUUCAAGCAGCAGUGCAAUGUUUUGGUGGACUAUUAUGCACCUCUAUUUUUCUUAGAGAUUUCCUCUGUAAAUGCUAAAGAUUUCUGCCGAAAGGUUAACCUUUGUGAAGACCGCGUUUCCAAGUCUCAAGAACUCCCUAAAGACAAAUGUGAUCUAUGCCAUACUGUUGUUACAGAGGCUUUACUGAAGUUGAAAGAUCCAGAUACUGAGUUGGAAAUAAUUGAGAUGCUUUUGAAGGCGUGCAACUCUAUCGGGAAAAAUGCCAAAAAGUGCAAGACGUUAGUUUUCGAGUAUGCGCCUAUUAUCCUCAUCAAUGCCGAGCAGUUCCUGGAAACAAGUGAUCUGUGCACUGUGUUGCAUGCCUGUGAUUCAGCAGCAGUGGCUACCGAGGAAGUAUCCAUGUACGCGGCAUCUUAGACUACCCGGUUUAUGUUUGUUUGAACAAAUCUGCUGCAAGAAAAGUCAUCUGUUUACAUUCUGCUAUGUGCAUAUAUGGUUGUAUGCUAAAUGCAACUCUUGGCCUCAACUCUUCUGUGUUGUAAUUCAUAUUUGUUCUAUCAAUUUGUUUGGAUGAAAACUCACAUAUUCAGACUGUAUUUUGUCUAAUAAUGUACAAAAAGAUAAUUACUUUCUA